AUGACUCGUGCCGAUGGUUGGGCACUUAGAUUAAGCCCUUAUCGAUACGACAUCGAGUAUAUCCGUGGUACGGACAAUAUUGCCGAUCCAUCAUCUAGGCUUUACAAUGGGGAUGACACAGCGUUCGACGAAGAAAACAGCCCAUGGGAACUAGCAACUCUCGAAGCAAACUUGAUAAAUAUUCUAACGGAAGCAGACAUUAAAGGUGCUACAGACCAAGAUGAGAUGCUGCAAAAAGUGCUGAACGCGUUGAAAACUGGAGUUUGGGCACAUGAUUUGCAAAGGUAUCGUACCGUUGAGAAGAAUCUGUCGGCUCGAAAUGGUAUACUCACCAAAACCGGAUGUGCGGUAAUCCCAAACGCUCUCCAAACGCGAGCUUUGGAGGUAGCACACGAAGGUCACCCAUCAACAGCAAAAAUGAAGAGUAUCAUGCGACAACGUGUGUGGUGGCCAGGAAUGCCAAAAGACAUAACUAAUUGGGUGGAAUCAUGCAAAAUUUGUUGUGUCAACGGCAAACCGGAGAGGACAACACCUAUGGAACGAAUAUUCAUCCCAAAGACAGCUUGGGAUACUGUGGCAUUAGACUUCAACGGCCCCUAUAUAAAGUUUGGCGGUAUACUUAUCCUGGUUGUGGUCGACUAUAAAUCAAGAUACGUCAUAGCUAAACCGGUUAAAACAACUAGUUUUGAAUGCACCAAAAAUAUACUCAAUGACAUAUUUGAAAGAGAAGGGUUUCCAAAAGUCAUUAAAACGGAUAAUGGUCCACCAUUCAAUGGGCAAGAUUUUGCGGAUUAUUGCAAACAACGGGAUAUCACAAUAGUUUACUCGACACCUCUAUUUCCCCAGCAAAAUGGUUUGGCUGAAAGCUACAUGAAGCUAAUCAACAAAGCUAUGGCAGUGGCUAUCGCAAAGAAAACAAACUACGUUGAAGAACUAAGAAAAGCGGUGAACGCCCAUAAUGCGGCUGCACACAGUAUUACAAAAGUUCCACCAGAAGAGGUGAUGUACGGACGGAAAAUCAAAAGAGGAUUACCCUUGCUUCAACACCGCGAAUCAGAUUUCGAUGAAGCCCUCUUGGAGAAGAGAGAUCGCGAGGCCAAAUUGGCUGAAAAAAAAAACGCGAAGACGCGCGACGGGGUGCCCGACACUGUAGAAUUAAACCGAGAGAUGAAGUUGUCGUUGUCAAGCAGAAUCGUUUGA